UAAGAGCGAGAAGGGGCGUGGCCUAGCGGCCGGGGAGGGGCGGGGCGCUCCGGCGGCGCGGCGGCGGAACCGGAAGCGGCACCGGAAGCGGCGGGCGGUCACGUGCGCGGCCAUGGCGGAGCCCGAGCUCCGCGUGAACGCCGCGUUCGCGGAGCGCUACCGGCGGUACCGGCGGCGGGAGGAGCUGCAGCGCCUGCGCGAUCGCUACGGCGACGCCUCCGACCCCGACAGCGACAGCUCCGACUCCGACUCCAGCGGCGACUCCGUGGCGCCGGACCCCCGGGAGCAGCGGGAGUUCCUGCGCACGCUGGCGCUGCUGAAGACGCGCGACCCCCGCGUGUACCGGCCCGACACCGAGUUCUACAGCCGCGGGCCCGAGGAGGAGGAGGAGGAGGAGGAGGAGGAGGAGGAGGAAGAGCGCGCCGGGCCGAUGUUCCUGAAGGAUUACGAGAGGAAGGUGCUGCUGGAGAAGGGGGGGAGAUACGUGGAUGAGGAGGAUGAGGAGGGCGAGGAGGCGGCGGCCAAGAGGAGGAAGGCCGAGGCCUCCCGCAGCUACGCCGAGGAGCAGCGGGCGCUGAAGGAGAGCUUCCGAGCCUUCGUGGCCGACAGCGAGGAGGAGGAGGAGGAAGGGGGGGGAGGGGCGCUGCUGCGGCCCCGGGAGCGCUCCCGGGAGGAGAAGACCCACGAGGAGCAGCAGUACCUGCUCUGGCUGCGGGGCCAGGCCGAGCCCCCUCCCCAGGAGCCGCUGCAGGACCUGGAGCCCCUGCAGCGGCUCUGGUCGGACCCGGCGCUGGAGCCGGGUGAGCGCUUCCUGCGCGAUUUCCUGCUGGGCUUCCGGGAGGAGGAGGAGGAGGAGGAGGAGGAGGAAGAGCAGGGCGGCCAGGAAGGAGCCCCCCUGGAGGACUCCUCGGAGGAGGGGGAGCAGUUCCUGCAGCAGCAGCAGGACUUCGAGCGCCGCCACAACUUCCGCUUCCAGGAGCCGGGGGCGGCGCAGCUGCAGAGCUUCCCCCGCCUCAUCCCCUCCUCGGUGCGCCGCCGCGACGAGCGCCGCAAGGAGAGGCGCGAGCAGCUCCGCGCGAGGAAGAGGAAGGAGCGGGCGCGGCGCCGGGAGGAGCUGAAGCAGCUGAAGAACCUGAAGCGGCAGGAGCUGGCGGCGCGCCUGGCCCGGCUGCGCCGCGCCGCCGGCCCCGCGGCCUUCGGCCUCAGCGGCGCGCUCCUCCUCGAGGACUUCGACCCCGAGAGCCACGACCGCCUCAUGGCUGAGUGCUUCGGGGAGGAUUUCUACGGCGGGGGGGAGGAGGAGAAGCCGCGCUUUGAGGAAGAGGAGGGGCUGGACGAUGAAGAGUGGAACUGGGACGGCUGGAGGGGCCGGGAGGGGGGGGAGCCCCCCCAGGAGGGGGGGGGGGGAGCCCCCCCGGGAGCCGCACUGCGAGGACCCCGACUUCGUGAUGGACGCGGAUUUCACCCCCGGGACCCCCCGGGACCCCCCCCCCGGGCCGGGACCCCCCCCCCGGGGAAGCGGCGCCGGACGCGGCUGCGGGAGGCCCUGGAGAGGGAGAAGCCCCCCUUCGACCCCGCCUCGGGCCCCUUCGAGCAGUACCUGGACGAGUUCUACGGCCUCGACUUCGAGGACCUGAUUGGGGACCUGCCCUGCCGCUUCAAGUACCGCCGGGUGCUGCCCUGCGACUUCGGCCUCACCACGGACGAGAUCCUGGCGGCCGACGACAAAGAGCUGAACCGCUGGUGCUCCCUGCGCAAGACCUGCAUGUACCGCUCGGAGCAGGAGGAGCGGCAGGACCAGGAGAACUACAGGCGGAGGGCGCAGGACCUCGGCAGGAAGCGCCGGAUCCUGAGAUCGCUCGUGGCCGACCCCGAGGAGGCGGAGGCGGCGCCGGCCAAGCCGAAAUUUGGGAAGAAACGCCGGGAGAAGAGGAAGCGCCAGGAGGAGGAGGAAGGGGGGAAAGGGGAGCCCCCCCAGGACCCCCCCGCGGCCCCCCAAAACGCCGGGGGUCCCCGGCGGCGGGGGGGGGCCCCCCCCUGGGCGCGGCCGUGCGCCUGGGGGGCCGCGAGUUCAGCGGGAAGAGGCUGGAAGCCUUCGGCCUCAACCCCCGGCGGCUGCGGUUCCGGCAGCUGAGGAGGCAGAGGGGGAAGGAAGGGGGGGAGAGCCACGGGAAAAACGGGAAAAAUCCCGGGGAAAAUGGGAAAAAUCCUGGGGAAAAUCCCGGGAAAAAUACUGAGAAAAACCCUGGGAAUACAGAGAAAAAUCCUGGGAAAAAUCCCGAGAAAAA